AUGCUUUCGCGGUUGCUGCGUCCCUUCAAGGGCGGCCGAGAGGCCCAGAUCGACGGCUCCAACGAGCCCUCGCCAGGCCCUUCCCGCCAUGAUUAUGGCCGACUUCGCCAUGCUACGGCUGAUUUCACCGAGGCCGACGACGACGACGACGAAGACUCCAACAACGAUGGUUUAGGCCCGUUUGGCAACCAGGGGCGUGCAGAGGACGACGAUGGUGGGCUGCCUCGCUCGUCAAGUGUGCUCCCUCUCUUCUCCGCGUCGCAUCUAGGUGAGAAUGCUCUCCAGGCACAAGGCAAUAAUACGCGCACCGAGACGACGUUGACAUGGGAUCAGCUACGCUCGCCUCAGGUUUCCCAGUUCCUGGUCAAGCCCAUGCAGCAGCAGAUUCGCACCCAACACUUCUCCAGGGCGACCAUAUAUGCAUUGAUGGCCAACUGCUUGCAGUUCGAGAAAGAAGGCCAAUUAUACCCAGGGAACUCUGGUGUGAGUAGCACGAGGGCCAAGGUUUGCGAGCUCCUAGCCAUCAAGCUUCUCAAGGAGUAUUCGACGCGUGAGCUCAUCGACGCCCUUUCGUAUGACUUCUAUCCGCUUCAAGGAAUUCCCGGUCACCAGACUCCUCUCGGUCCCAGAGAUGGGACGGGCAGGCCAAAGCUUGCGGCUGCUAGAACUUCUACACUCGAAGUCGCCAUCCGUGCCUCAUGCAAACACUUCUUGGCUCAUCCUCUUGUUGUACAGCAGCUGGAGGCUAUAUGGAACGGUGCCAUUAGCUUCUAUUCUGCUGCAGACUCCCUACACAGGCACAAGCCACCUUCCUCCAACAAUAGAAGUGCCUGGUCUCGCCGCAAUAGCCUCGACCCAAGGACACCUUUGCUCGGCGCCCAGCAAGGCAAAGAAGAACUGAGCCGAUAUGACUCUAUCCCACCGGGAAGACGAACUGUCACCCUGUAUGAUCCUCGGAACGCCUCGCUUUUCAAGCUCUCUAGGCUUCGUGUCCCUAGAUAUCGCCAGUUCUUUUCUACUUGCUCGCUUGCAGUCCUUAUCGGCCUCUUCCUAGCAGUGCUCAUCCAGAGAUCCGAGAGCAUCACAAGUCUUGAGCUCAUGUUUUGGUUCUGGAGUGCUGGGUUCAUGUUGGAUGAGCUGGUAGGCUUCACCGAGCAAGGCUUUUCGCUCUACAUCAUGAGCUUCUGGAACCUUUUCGAUUUGGGUAUCCUGAUGAUGCUAAUCAUGUAUUACUGCAUGCGCAUCUAUGGCGUAUUUCUGGCCGACGCGCAUCGAUGGAACGAAAUGGCUUAUGACAUUCUGGCGGCAAAUGCAAUUUUGCUCCUUCCCCGGAUCUUCAGUGUUCUGGACCACUACCAAUACUUCUCACAGCUUCUCAUUGCCUUUCGAAUCAUGGCAGUAGACUUGGUCGCCGUCUUUAUGCUCAUCCUUAUUUGCUGCAGCGGGUUCUUUGUCUUUUUCACGCUCUCUGGUGCCGCAAAUGAUGCUGGCGAUGUCGCCUUCAAGAUCUUUCAGAUCCUCAUGGGUUUCUCGCCGGCGGCGUGGGAAGUGUGGGCCGCAUCCAACUGGCUGGGACAAACGCUGAUGGGCUUAUUCUUGACCAUGUGUCAUUUCGUCGUGGUCACGAUCCUAAUGUCGGUCCUUUCCAACUCGUUCUCAGCGAUUGCCAACAAUGCAAACGAGGAGCACCAAUUCUUGUUCGCUAUCAACACCAUCUCCAUGGUCAAGAAUGAUGCUCUUUUCUCAUAUGUAGCCCCGGGCAACAUUUUUGCCUGGAUGCUGAUGCCUCUCCGGUAUUGCAUACCUCUCCGGCAGUUUGUGGCUAUGAACCGCUUCAUCAUCAAAAUCACACACUUCCCCUUGCUGUGGGGAAUCUACUUGUAUGAGAGAUUCUUCCUAGCCCGGUCCAUCUAUGAGCCGACCGAUCUUGUGGAUCACCCAGGACGUGGACGGCAGAGAACUAUCUCGAUUGCCGACCCUGUAGGCAGGGCUGCCAUUUUCAGCCCCAGUAUUCGGCUUCGUGAGGAGUCAGUCGCCGGCUUCCAGAAGGACAGGGCUCUGGAAGAAGUCUUCCGGAGAGCCCCCGACAUCACGACGCUGCGUACCCAGAGACGAAACGAGCGGCGCAAGACCCAGACUGCGAUCAGAGACUGGAUGGAUAGACACGAUGUCGAGUCCCCGCAGAACUACUCCACGAUUGACAGUCGGAUGGGCCAACAGUGGCCCGGAAGCGGAAGACUCAACUCGUUCCGAGACCAAGCCACGCGGAGGUUUCGCCAACUCUCCGAAGUUAGAUCCACAGCCAGCGAUCCCGCAGACCUGCUGUCUAAUCCGGCGUGCCCGUUUGCCACCAGUGUCGUCAGGGACGGCAUCGCGCGUAGGGAUCAUGCCGAGGCUAAUCACCAGACAGACGCUGACGGAGAUGAUGAGCUGGUCACAAAUGACGAGGACGAGGACGACAAUGCUACCAAUGCUAUGGAGCAUCAAAGCCAGCUGUCGAGGACUUUGCCCGAGGAUUACUUCCAUGCCCCAGCAGCAGGUCGUUUUGCGAACCUCGCAUCCACGUCGGUCGGAUCGACUAGCAAGCACCAUUCGGGCCUCAACUCACCGCGGCCACCCAGACGCGGAACUCUACAUCACCGUACACUCUCCACCAAUACCAUCCUAUACAACCCUUCGCAAGAAGUACAGGCAACGGCGAGUGACUCCUCAUCGUCGCCCAAGCCGUCGUCGCAGUCCCGUUCUCGCCCGCUCAGCAGCCGACACACACCAGUCGGCACGCCCGGCCUCACUCCCGGCCGACGCUCGCCUCGUCGGCAGACCUACCUCGCCUCGCGACCGCGGCCGAUCCUGCCGCCCCGCGACCAGAACCAGACGGCGCCUUCCCGGCCCACGGGCGUGGUCCUCGACACGCCGGCCCGCCGAGCGCAGCGGCGCCUGUCGUCCUUCGACAUGGGCGCCAACGACGCGCACUCGGACCUGGCGUCCGCCGUCGGCCCGGCGGGCGCGGAAGACGCCUUCGGCGCCGUGCCCGCCAGCUUCGUGACCCAGAUGGCCAUGGCCACCGGCAUGGUGAACCCGAUGGGCGUGCGCGGCGCGGGCCGGGCCGGCGGCGGGGCGGCCGGCGGCGGGGACAGCGACCGCAUGAGCAGGAUCAUGCUGGCGAGGAUGAAGACGCUCGAGGAGAGCUUCGCGGACGUGGUGCGCGAGAUGAGGGCCAUGCAGCGGCCCAGCGGCCGGAACAGCACGGCGCACAACUCGGGGGACGAGGCGGCGGCGGCGGCGGCGACGUUGGAAGUCGCGGGCCGGCAUGGCCGGGGAGGCCAGGCGGGCCUCAGGAGGUCGAAGACCGCGGCGGCGAGGACCCCGCAACAACAUCAAAAGAGGCCGCAGAGCAGGAGGAGCCUGCGGGAGGAGAGGGUCGGCAUGGGCGGCGGCGCGGAGGCCGGCAGGGCCCACAAGGGCAAAGACGUCGAGGUAUCGGACGGUAACGAGCCCGACAGCGAGGGGGAGGCGGACUCGAGCUUUGCCAAGAAGGGCAGCUCGUUGUAA